AUGGUGGGUGGCUCCGAGAAGCACCUGGAAGCCGCCCGACCUUUUCUGGGAACCUUUGCUACGAAGAUCCUGCACAUGGGCGAAGUCGGCAACGGUCAGCUCGCGAAGGCUUUGAACAAUUGUCUCUACAACGUCAGCUGCGCGGCCAUGGCCGAGAUGCUCCCUUUCGCCCUGCGCGCGGGGCUGCCGAUGCCGGCCUUCGUGGAUGCCGUGACAUCGGGAACGGGGCAGUCCUUCGGCUUCAAUCAGUGGGCCCCUUUGGUCUUGCAGCGUGAGUUCGAGGCACCCAAGCAUGGCUUCCCCAUGGGGGCGGCUUUCAAAGACCUGGAGACGCUUGUUUCAGCGGCUUCUGCUCAAGGUCUUCCGGUACCCCCGGUCGUUGCGGCGACGCUGGCCACGUACCAGAGAGCCCUCGCCAUGGGUCUGGGUGAGGAGCACAAGGGGGCAAUGGUGAAAGUCUGGGAGGCCCAGAUGGGGGUGCGGUGCUGUGGGACAGAGGCCGAGCAGAAGAAGUGA